UGGGAGGUGUGGCUGAUGAUCGUCUCCGACUCGCUAAGUCGCGGAGUCACAAACGUGGCGGAAAGCAAGCCCCCACUUUUUGGGAAGAGUAGGACGAGGGGCGGGGCUGCAGCGAGACCCACUAGUUUCGCUUUCCAGGGGAGGCAGCGGCCGGUAGCUGCUGCUGUGGGCGGCGCCCCCGGCAUGGAGUCUCCUUCCUGCCCUCGCAGGCUCCGGCGCCCCAGCGAAACGCUCCGACCGCUCCCCUCUCCCAACACUCUGGUUCCCUGGCCGCCUGCGGGGACGCGGUUGGCGGCGACACCGGAGGGGGGUGGGUCAGGAAGUGGGGGCGCGGCGGCCAGGAGCGGGCCCCGGGUGGCCGAGGGGUUCGGCGACGCGGAGGGAGGGACGCUCCGGGCCGCGCGGGAGCCGGAGGGCGCCACGGCCUCCGCAGAGACGAUGGCGGAGGAAGAAGGACCACCUGUAGAGCUGCGCCAAAGAAAAAAGCCAAAGUCUUCAGAAAAUAAGGAAUCUGCCAAAGAAGAGAAAAUCAAUGACAUUCCAGCUCCUGAAAGAGUUCCAAAACAUGUAUUAUUUCAACGCUUUGCAAAGAUUUUCAUUGGCUGUCUUGCAGCGGUUACUAGUGGUAUGAUGUAUGCUCUCUACUUAUCAGCAUACCAUGAACGGAAAUUCUGGUUUUCCAACAGGCAGGAGCUUGAACGGGAAAUCACGUUUCAGGGUGACAGUGCCAUUUAUUACUCCUAUUAUAAAGAUAUGUUAAAGGCACCUUCAUUUGAAAGAGGUGUUUAUGAACUGACACACAAUAACAAAACUGUAUCUCUGAAGACUAUAAAUGCAGUGCAGCAAAUGUCUCUAUAUCCGGAACUUAUUGCUAGCAUUUUAUAUCAAGCCACUGGGAGCAAUGAGAUUAUUGAGCCAGUGUAUUUCUAUAUUGGCAUUGUUUUUGGAUUGCAAGGAAUAUAUGUUACUGCUUUAUUUGUUACAAGUUGGCUUAUGAGUGGAACGUGGCUAGCAGGAAUGCUUACUGUUGCAUGGUUCAUUAUUAACAGGGUAGAUACAACAAGAAUUGAAUACUCCAUUCCUUUAAGAGAAAACUGGGCACUACCAUAUUUUGCAUGCCAAAUUGCUGCACUUACAGGCUAUUUAAAAAGCAACUUAAAUACUUAUGGAGAGAGGUUUUGCUACUUGUUGAUGAGUGCUUCAACUUACACAUUUAUGAUGAUGUGGGAGUAUAGCCAUUAUCUCCUGUUUCUUCAAGCAAUAUCUCUAUUCCUGCUAGAUAUCUUUUCACUGAAGCAAAAUGACAAGGUUUAUGAAGUUUAUAAAAUCUACAUAUUUUCCCUCUUUCUGGGAUAUUUACUGCAAUUUGAGAAUCCAGCUUUGUUGGUAUCUCCUUUACUAAGUUUAGUAGCAGCCUUAAUGCUUGCUAAGUGCCUUCAGCUGAAUGUGAAGAAAGGAAGUUUUGUAGCUAAAAUAAUAAAAGUGAUUAAUUUUUACUUGGUGUGUACUCUGACAAUAACAUUGAAUAUUAUAAUGAAGAUGUUUGUCCCACACAAAGAAAAUGGGCACAUGCUGAAAUUCCUUGAAGUAAAAUUUGGACUAAAUAUGACUAAGAAUUUUACAAUGAAUUGGCUCCUCUGUCAAGAAUCCCUGCAGGCACCAUCUCAAGAUUUUUUUCUGCGAUUGACACAGUCUUCUUUAUUACCUUUCUAUAUCCUGGUGUUAAUUAUUUGUUUUCUUUCUAUGUUGCAAGUUAUUUUUAGAAGGAUUAAUGGUAAGUCCCUGAAGGAAACUGUUACUCUUGAAGAUGGACGAAUUGGAGAAAGACCAGAAAUAAUUUAUCAUGUAAUUCACACUAUUUUAUUGGGUUCUCUUGCAAUGGUUAUAGAAGGCUUGAAGUACAUCUGGAUUCCUUAUGUGUGCAUGUUAGCAGCAUUUGGUGUAUGUUCUCCUGAACUUUGGAUGACACUUUUCAAGUGGCUUCGAUUAAGAACUGUACACCCAAUAUUGUUGGCUCUUAUUCUGAGCAUGGCUGUGCCUACUAUAAUAGGUCUCAGCUUAUGGAAAGAGUUUUUUCCAAGAUUAAUGACAGAAUUAAUGGAACUACAGGAAUUCUAUGACCCAGAUACAGUGGAACUUAUGACCUGGAUAAAAAGGCAAGCUCCAGUUGCAGCUGUGUUUGCAGGGAGUCCACAGUUAAUGGGUGCGAUUAAAUUAUGCACUGGAUGGAUGGUGACAAGUUUGCCUCUAUACAAUGAUGAUGAUCUUCUCAAGAGAAAUGAAAAUAUCUACCAAAUCUAUUCAAAGCGAUCUGCUGAGGAUAUUUAUAAAAUACUGACAUCUUACAAAGCUAAUUACCUAAUUGUAGAGGAUGCUAUCUGCAAUGAGGUGGGAACCAUGAGAGGCUGUAGGGUUAAAGAUUUAUUAGACAUUGCAAAUGGCCAUAUGGUUUGUGAAGAAGGUGACAAGCUAACCUACUCAAAGUAUGGGCGAUUUUGUCAUGAGGUCAAAAUUAACUAUUCUCCAUAUGUGAAUUAUUUCACUAGAGUAUACUGGAACAGAUCCUACUUUGUAUAUAAAAUCAACACUGUGAUAUCCUUCCAGUCUUGAAAAAUAACAGAGCCUUCAUUUCAAAGACUACCUGAAGUAAAACGCAGUUUUCUUCUAUCUACUCGAUGUCUUUUGCAGCUCAGAGUAUGGACGUUUGAAAUAUUGCUGCUUCUUUCCCCCUUCUGCUCUUAACUGGAUCCAGAGUUCUGUGGGAAAUAGAAGAUCAAGCAUUACUCUCCUUUGAUUAAAUGUGAUGUAUACCACUCUGCAAUAUUCCAGACAGGUGUCUUCCUUACUGUUACAUGGUCUUUAAUACUUUUACUGAUUUCAACAUUUUCCCCAUAAAAUCUUCCUUCUAUUAUUGAUCUUGAAUUUGAGUAUAUUCUAGGUCAGAAUACAUUUCUCAAACAUAACAUUUAAUAAAUACUUAAUGUGAUAUAAUUAUUUAAUAGAAGGAAAGAAUUAUUCCUACCUUCAAGCAAGUUUCUGAAGGUAUUUUAUGAUGUAUAACAACUGAAGUUUUACAAUAAAAACUAAUUUAAAUGUUAGCUGAAGAUACGUGGCAUUUAAAUUAAAAUGGAAAUUAUAUAAAGGAAAGUGAUUUUUAAGGAUAUACAUAAAGAUAUAUCUAGAAUUUUCAUGAUACUCUUCUCAUCUGCUGCUUGUGUAAGUGAGCACUUUCUUAGUAAUACAUAGUGCAUGAUGUUAUUGCAUUUUUUAAAUGACUAGUAAAUGAUUAGUUAUUUCACUUAUGCCUAUUAAUUUGAUACCAAUUUAAUCAUGAUAAAACAAUAACUGUUACAUGUUUUUUUAAAUGGACAUUUAAAAGAAUGUUGUUCAGGUUUUUUUUUUUAAAUACUGAUAUGGGGCAUACAAUCUAUUCACAUAUUUUCUACUGAAGUACUAAGUAAAAAAUUAAAUCAUUAUCAGAAUAAAAAUAUGUGUUCUAAAAUGAGCAACAGUUUCUGGGGAUACAUGCAGAUGUUGUUAAACGUACCUCUGCAUGCAGAUAUAUUAUAAAACACAAGCAAUGUUAUUUAUGAAACUGUGAUGCAGUCUUCAACAUCAAGAAAAAAUGACAACUAUAAUAACAUUUACAACACAGUUUCACAGUCUAAAUGCUAUGUUUCUUUAAGUAUUUUUAUAUUUUUAAUCAUUUAUGAAGAGAAAAUUUUAAAACGUUGAUUUGGCCUUAUUAAGAGAUUCAGGAUAGAUGUAGUCUAUAGAUGUGUCAUAAGUUGGGAUACAUGUUUAGUUUUUCCUUAUACUCCUGAGUUCAGUGAACAGAUUUUCAUAAUUCUAACUUGUUAAAGUGCUGCAAAAAUUGCAUUUUCAGUACUCUAAAUUACUACAUUAGAAGGGAACAUUUCUCCGUUGUCUUUAUUUUCUGUUAUAUAUGUGUUGUAAAAGUACACUACAUUAGAAGGGAGCUUUUUCCAUUGUCUUUAUUUUCUGUUAUACAUACGUUGUAAAAGUACAUGAAUUCUUAGACUAACUCUCAGAUGCUUUGCUCUUUUGGAGCUUAAGAAUUGUUUGAUGUUGAUGUCAUAUAUCUGAUAGAUUAGUUUCAGUGGUUCUCAUUUCACUUUUAUACAUAAUUUUUAAAGUAUGUUAAGAUAGUUGCAGGCAGUGUACUUCAGGUUGACUCUGUACAUCUGACUAGUGAAUCACUAGUAUAUUGCUUCAAGCCUUCUGAAAAUAUGACCAUAGUUACCUAAGCACGCAGUGAAUAGUCACAUGGUAGUACUUGUGAUUAGAGCAUGUAAAACAAUGUAAUUUAAAAGUCAUCUUCCAUAUUUUGAAGGGGAAGUAGAACACCCUACUUUUUAUGUAGUGUGAAAUAUUUAAUUGAAUUUUUAUCGAUUUAUAUUAUGUCACCUGUGCUGAAUUAGGUUUGGUACUUGUGUUUUGUUUGACGUAUUAGUAAGUUGCUUUUGCUUCUUUAUGUCAACUUAUUUCUUAAAUAAAAUCGAUCUGGAAAAAUUGUUAA